UUAGUCUCCGUCCAACUCACGGUUAAAUCGAUUGCCUCUCACUGUUUCAUCAAAUCCCACCACCAAAUUCAAAAUGAAGUACCUUGCAGCCUACCUCCUCCUCAACCUCGCCGGCAACGAGUCCCCCUCUGCCGAGGACAUCAAGUCCGUCCUCUCCUCCGUCGGUGUCGACGCUGAGGGUGAGCGUCUCGACAAGCUCAUCUCCGAGCUCGAGGGCAAGAACAUCCAGGAGCUGAUCUCCGAGGGUUCCGCCAAGCUCGCCUCCGUUCCUUCCGGUGGUGCUGGUGCCGCCGCUGGUGGUGCUCCCGCUGCUGGUGCCGCCGCCGAGGCUGCCCCCGCUGAGGAAAAGGCCGAGGAGAAGGAGGAGUCCGACGACGACAUGGGCUUCGGUCUUUUCGACUAAGCGUAUCGCAACGCUGAUCGAAAACAAAACUGGUGCGGAUGGGUGGUUUCGUUUGUGGGAGCAGUCGGGCGCAUGGGAGAAAGUCUCUACGCUGAAGCCGCAAAAGGCACGGCCAUACUCUGAC